CUAGGCUGCUUUUCUGCAAAGCGCACGCUGUGUGACUGCAGGUCGCAGUUAUUGCAUGGUUUUCCAUUUAAGACAAAGAUCUGAGGCUGACACAGUUUUUCUGACUGCUCUGAUACCUCCGAGCCUUUUCUUUGUACUGGAAGUCCGAGGUGCAGCAGCAACUCGCAGCACAUUUGACGCCUUACUGGCAGACCUGGAAUCCACCACCUCGCAUAUCUCUAAGCGACCAGUGUUUCUAACAGAGGAAACGCCUUACUCCUACCCAACUGGAAACCACACGUACCAGGAGAUUGCUGUGCCACCACCGGUGCCUCCACCACCUUCCAGUGAGGCCCUAAAUGGCACUGUGAUUGACCCCUUGGACCAGUGGCAACCCAGCGUAUCCAGAUACGCCCACCAGCAACCUCAGUCCCAGUCUCCGAUAUACAGCUCCAGUGCCAAAAGCUCCAGUGCCUCUGUUCCUAGAGACGGGCUCAGCUCCCCUUCUCCCCGUGCCAGUGAGGAGGAACACGUCUACAGCUUCCCAAACAAGCAGAAGUCUGCAGAACCAUCUCCCACAAUGACCAGCACCUCUCUGGGCAGCAACCUCUCGGAACUGGACAGGCUUCUCCUGGAACUGAAUGCUGUUCAACAUAAUCCCCCCAGUGGCUUCCCAGCAGAUGAAGUCAGCAGAAGCCCAUCACUGCCCAACGUGACUGGACCUCACUAUGUCGUCCCAGAGAGCAGCAGCUCUGCAGGGGGGAAGGCUGCACCCCCUACAAAAGAAAAACCAAAGCGAAAUGGUGGGCGUGGGAUCGAAGAUGUGCGUCCCAGUGUGGAGAGCCUGCUGGAUGAGUUGGAGAGCUCUGUGCCAAGCCCAGUCCCUGCAAUCACUGUGAGCCAAGGGGAGGUGAGCAGCCCCCAGCGUGUCACCGCCAGUCAGCAGCAGACCCGUAUCUCUGCUUCUUCAGCCACACGAGAACUGGAUGAGCUGAUGGCGUCCCUCUCUGACUUUAAGACUAUGUCUCUGAUUCCUGAACCCUCCCUAGAACCGGUUCCCGAUUCAGCAGAUGCAGACUCCAGCAGCAUUCCUCCCAGUUUAACAGUGCUAUCCCCUUCCAAAUGCCCUUCUGUCAGGCACAGCGGGGAUGUGGCAGUGCCAGCAGCUUCCCCCUCAGCAGUUCUCUGUGCUGAGGAAGGCAGUAGCACUGUAGUGUGGCCUGCUUCAGGGCAGUGUGCCACUCUGCCACGCGUACCCUCUUUGCCACAAAUGGUCCCUGUGCCCCCUCCACGUGUCUCUUCUGUUUCUGCUACUCGUGGGGAGCAGAUGGCUUCUGCAAGUUCAGUGAGGCUGACUGGAAAGCCUGACUCUUCCAGGAGGACUUCCCAGGCUGUGCCCAGGGCUGAGCUUCUGUGUAGAUCUGUUAAGGUGGAGGCACGGGGCCUGGAGCUGGCAAAAGAGAGUGAGAAAAAGGAGCAGGGAAGUGACCCCAAACUCUCAAGCGUCUCAAUUUCAAACACUGGCAUAGGUGGUCAAGGGAAAGAGCAGGCAGCUAAAGAAUUGGAUCAGCAGGGAGUGUUCAGGGAUAAUUCAGCUCUUCCUUCUCAGGGCAGAAGUGUGAAAGCAGCUUUAGAUGAGCUGUGGGCCCUGGAGCUAUCUGAGCAUGUACCAGAAGUACACAGAAAGGGUGACAGCGUUUUGAGUCCUGUGUGUGACCCUUCUGUUGUGGCCCCGGAUCAGUGGGGUGACUUCCCAGACACUGAAAAACAGUUGGGCGUCGCUGUGGAGCGAGGAGAGGAGCAAAAGGCUGAAGUAUCACCUGAAAUCCAAGUAGGUGGCUGUCCUGAGCUGGUCAAGAAGAGGCAGGGCAGAGAGAAAACCCCCAGAAAGGCAGGUACUGCUAACAUGAACAAAGCUGGAAAAGAUGGAGAAAAUGAGCAGAUCAGAAGCUCUGCAGUUGCUCCAGAAUCUCCUGAAAAAACUCGGAAAGCUGAAUGGGAUUUGCCGUGCCUCUCCAAACCACCCAUUGAAAGGAUUUCUGCAUCAGGCCAGAUUAAGUCUUUAAUCAAGAGGACAAAAGAAACCUCCAAUGUGCAUCCAAUGAGUCGUGACCUCUCUCCAAGGCGUAAACUAGGUCCUGCAAUAUUUCACAAGACUGAGUCCCAAGAUCGCUUGAUUGAAGAGCUGCAGGACAGACUGGGAGUUGCUAAACAGGAACAGGAGGAGCGAAAAAGCCAGGAUGGCUGGCUGACAGAGGGGGUCAUUAUCACUGCCCGACCCCAGGGGGAAGAGCAAAAUGGUGGACAGCAAAUAGAGAAGGUAGUAUUCCCUCCAGAAUCCCCACACCCUCGAAGGAGGACAGUCUCUGUUUCAGCCUCUCCUCCGCUCCAACCUUCCAAUGAAGCUGUGAAGACAGUCCCUGCUAAUGCUUCUCCCUCUCAUGUACCAGCUCAGCCCUCCCAUGCACUAGCUACCUCAGCUCCGUGUCCAGUCUCCUCCUAUUCCUUCCGCUUGGCUCCCCAGCCACUUUUCCAGUGGGAAGCUUCUGAUGCUGAUUAUCAUGAGCUCUCUGUUGUGGGCACCCCUCCUUCUGAAGAUCCUAGGCACUCUUCUCCCCAGACCUGGACCCCUAGCACCAAGACAGUCGUUUCUGUUGGCUGUCAAACGGAAGAUGAGGCUUUCUUCCCACGGAUGCAGGUGACCUCUGCUCCUCCCCUCAUCCGCAGUGCCAACCUGCUGGCUGCCUGUGCGCCCCUGGGCCCUCCCAGCCCUGAGAAGUUCAUGGCACAGGGGAAAGCCGGUGGCAGCAGCUCCCCACCAUCCACCACCCCCAAGCCUGGCAGUCAGCUGGACACCAUGCUGGGAAGCCUGCAGUCUGACCUGAACAAACUGGGGGUAGCAACAGUCGCCAAGGGUGUGUGCGGAGCCUGCAAGAAGCCGAUUGCUGGGCAGGUAGUUACAGCCAUGGGGAAAACCUGGCACCCUGAGCACUUUGUCUGCACCCACUGCCAGGAGGAGAUUGGGUCACGGAACUUCUUUGAGCGGGAUGGGCAGCCCUACUGUGAGAAGGACUACCACAACCUCUUCUCUCCUCGCUGCUACUACUGCAACGGGCCAAUCCUUGAUAAAGUGGUGACGGCUUUGGACAGGACGUGGCACCCUGAACACUUUUUCUGUGCCCAGUGUGGAGUUUUCUUUGGACCUGAAGGAUUUCAUGAGAAGGAUGGCAAAGCCUAUUGCCGCAAGGAUUACUUCGACAUGUUUGCUCCCAAGUGUGGAGGCUGUGCCCGGGCUAUCCUGGAAAAUUACAUUUCUGCCUUAAACACCCUGUGGCAUCCUGAGUGCUUUGUCUGUCGGGAAUGUUUCACACCAUUCAUCAACGGCAGCUUCUUUGAGCACGACGGGCAGCCCUACUGUGAGGUGCAUUACCACGAGCGCCGCGGCUCGCUGUGCUCUGGCUGCCAGAAGCCCAUCACAGGACGCUGCAUCACUGCCAUGGGCAAGAAAUUUCACCCCGAACACUUUGUCUGUGCCUUCUGCCUCAAGCAGCUCAACAAAGGAACCUUCAAAGAACAGAACGACAAGCCCUACUGUCAGAACUGCUUUCUCAAACUCUUCUGUUAAAGGCAUCAUAGAUGGGAGCUAAGCAUCUUUCUGCUGCCCCUUGUGGCAGUUCUGUCUCUUUGAACAUUACUGUGAUUUAGAAACCUUACCAGGCAGGGGAGGGGGCGGGUGGCAGUGCUCAGUGCUGCUGCAGAGAGGCAGUAGAUCCAGAGAUGAGACGGACCAUUAGACUGGAAAUGCCCUUGCUGUGUCUCAGUAGAGAGAGGCUCGGUCCCCUCAUUACGGUGUGUCUGUGUAUGACUGACAGCUGAGCUUAGCCCCAGAGCUCCACCAGGGGGGCUGUCCUCAGCCCCUCCUGCCAGGAGCGGCUUUGUGUGUAGGAUUCUGCCUUUGUCAGCUCUGGGCAAACCCUGACACUUGCAGACAGCAGUUUUGACACCUGGCACAGCGAGGGCACCCCAGGAUCUCGGCAGCACCCUGCCUCUGCUCCUAGAGCCACGUGGCAUGUGUGACUUACAGAUCAGAGCCUCAGCACAGGCUGCCACGGCCCUGCAAGGGUCUCUCCAGUUCCAUUACACUGUAAGGAGUUGAUACCACUUUUUUUUGUUGUUGUUGUUUUAAGAGGAAUGAAGGUGUUACUCUGUGGGUUCUUCCUGGUUUGUUACUCCAUGCCUCUUCUCAGCAUGUGGGAAGCAGUGGGUGCUGUCCCCCUUCACAAGUGUGGGUGCAGGGAGUCAGAGCACAGCAUUACCGCCCAUCCCAGCAGGAGUGCACGUUUGUGUCAGGGCCUGAGCUCUUCCCAGGGAGGGGGGAAGAAGCGGAGGGGUUUAAGAAGCCAGGAACCAAACCAAGUCCUAACUUUCUCUUUCUUCUUCCUCUCUUUGCUAACGAGAGCUGCCAGCCUUCGGCCCUUCCCCUCUCUGUGCUCCCGUCCCACGUGUGCUCCUAAGAGAUGCUACAGCAAUAACUUUUAUACUGACUGUUAUGCCAAACCCCGGGCGGGCUGUGCGACGCGCCCGGUUUUACUACGGGAAUGAAUACUGUAUCCUGUCUUUGAUAAGAUUUCUACACUGAUUUUCGAAUUCGUAUCUAAUUUGCUUUUAAUCCUCUUAUACAGAAAUUGGUUUUGAAGUGA